AUGCGGCGCAUUGGAGUGUCCGAGGGCGGCCUUGUCCCCGACUUUGCAAACCUCGGGAUCUCCGCAGCCAUCAUCGACACCGGCAUUGACAAGCGCCACCCAGAUCUGAACAUCGUCGGCGGCAAGAGCUUCUGCACAUCAGAGAUCAACAGCGAUCCUUACAAAGACGGCCUUGGGCACGGCACUCAUGUGGCCGGAAUCCUUGGCGCAAAGAACAACGGCCAGGGCAUCAUUGGCGCGGCCCCAGGUAUCCCAAUAUAUUCUCUGAAGGUGCUCAGCUCUGAUGGCACCGGCACAACCUCGGACUUGCUGCGCGCUUACGAGUGGCUGUACUACAACGCCCGCGCGCUUGGGAUCCGCGUGGUCAACCUUAGUUUGACUGGGGGCGGCGGCGCGACCGACCCCCAGUGCGAGUGGACGUCGGCGCUGGCGCAGCAGGGCAUCACUGUCGUCGCUGCUGCGGGGAAUAACAGGGCAAAUCUGAUGCAGGAGGCACCUGGCGCUUGCGCCAAGGCGCUUGUGGUGACAUCAUUCACCGACAAGGAUGGGGUUCCCGGCAACGACAACGCGUCCGAGUGGUUCUCCAAUUGGUUGCCCAUGUCCCAGGCAACCGACGCGCUCAAGCGGCGCAUCGUGUCUGCACCUGGGGACAACAUCAUCAGCACAUACCCCCUUGACCGGCCCAAGCUGAAGAACCUGCCAAAGGGGUACGGCAUCAUCAGCGGGACCAGCAUGUCCUGCCCGCACGUCACCGGCAUCGCCGCCCGCUGCUACGCCUCUGGCGAGUGCGGCGCCGCUGAGGACACAGAGGGCGAGAAGAUCGCCCGGCUGACGCGCGACUACAAUGAAGGCCACCCCAAAUACGGGUUCAACGGCGACGCCAUGGGCGGCCCCGACGGCGCCGGCAAGUUCUUUGUCGGGGACAAGUACUUUGGUUACGCGGUCUACGCGGGCCGCUGGUGA